AUGUCUAUAGAAUCACCAAAUGUGAAGGUGUUUUUGACAACGGCUCCCCUGAACCCAUUGGAAGGGCUAGAGUUUGUGAAAUGUGAAGAGGCAGGUGCUGUUAUUUAUUUUGGUGGGACUACAAGGAAUAGCUUUGAAGAUAAAGGAGUUGAGAAGCUGAUUUAUGAAGCACAUGAGAAAUUAGCAGUAAGAACGCUGACUAGAAUUGCAGAAGAAGCACUAUCAAAGUUUUCAGAUAACUCUAAAGACACAGGUAUUCACAAAAUUUACAUAUGUCAUAGAUUAGGAGAUGUUCCAGUGAAAGAGGAAAGUGUCUUGGUAACAUUGAGCAGUACACACCGUCAAGAAGGUUGGGAGGCUGCAAUUUGGAUACUAGAAAAGGUAAAAGAGAAAGCUGAAAUAUGGAAAAAGGAGAAUUAUACUGAUGGUUCUUCUUCAUGGAAAGAAAAUGACACCUCAAAUAUACUAUAG